AUGAAGCUUGCACUGCCUCUUACACUCUCUCUUUCCACUGCUGUUUCCUUGUCCUUUGGAUUCCAGCCAUCAUUGUCUGGUACCAACCGUGGUCCUCGUACAUGGCAAGUUACCAGAAUUGGAGAACCAGCUGAAUUCGAAUCCGAGACCACAAGAAUAACCGAGUACCGGUACUUGCCAGAAGGGCUUCGGGAGGAGCUUCUACCAUUGGAAGGGGUACCAGUAUCUGCGCCUCCAAUUGCUGUUCCCAAGAAGAGCACGAGUCAGAGAUCCGGGAAGGCUGCAUUGCCAAAAUGGGCACAACUUUUGAAUGAACAGCUCGGUCUUUCUCUCUUCACCCACCUUGACUCUACACGGCUUCAUGCAAUUGGGGGAGCAGUCUGGUAUGCAGGUGGCAGUGCAUUGCUCUGGUCCUCCUUGGCCCGUGAGUUCUUCUGGGAUGACUGGUCGACAUUCUCUGACAUGUCAUUGUCCAGCCCCAACGGCAUUGCUCUGUCAACAGUGCUGUUGGGAACUGUUGUGACCUCUGUGACCACUGCUACCCAGAAGAUGGCUCCAGAAAAGAAACACCCAUUGUAUGCUAUAACUAUGCAGAACUCAAUGCUUUAUGGAGCCGUCCUUGCAGUGAUUGCUGCAGCACAUCUUUUGGGGGAUGCCAUGCCGUCCAUGGCCAUGCAAGUUACCGACAGCGCACUGGCACUCGCCGGAUUAAAACUUUUGGAAGACCUGAUUGUCUACAAAGCUCCAUGGGAUCCUAUGCCUGUGUUUGAUGAGCUCAAUUUUGAAUACCCACCCCAUUGGAUUCAAAAGGUUGCCCAUGUGAUUUCCCUGUCCUGGGUCGCUGUUACGGUUGCCAAUGCCAGCCACAUCUUUAACGGUGACUUGGUAGGCAAUGACAUGGCCACAACCUUUGCUGUCCAAUUGGCUGUAGCUUCAUCCUUGGGUCCCUCGGGAGAGGCAUUCAUUGGAACCAUCCAAAAAAAGGAACGUUCCAACAAGCAAAAUGGUCCACGAAGGCUUGUUGUAGAGACUGAGAAUGGUCAGUUCAAAGUCCCCUACUACGUGGAAGCGUUUGAGCUCACGUUCAAUCAACCUGGACCGCAGCUCCUCUGCAUUGCUGCUGCCUUGUUCACUCACCAUGCAGACGUUGUCGAAAAGUUCUUCUACCUUAGCUAG